AUGUUUCAUUUAUCCAUCAGUGGGAUUCGACACGAACCCAUUGCAAUCGACCUCCUACACAUCCAAGAGGCACCAGAAGUUCUGGAUUACAUACAGGCAUUCUCCCAUGGCUUGCUAAUCAAAUUAUUUCCCAAACCGCUUUCUUUACAAGCUGGGAAAGUGGAGGCUCAGGAGUUCAAAAGAGCGGAGCUAAGCCUGACGAGCUUCGUUAUAUUGGCAUUAAUAUCACAACGGAAUGUGUGCGAAUUCGAACUCGCAGAUCACCAGAUAAAGUCUUUCCAUGGCAACUAA